GAGCGGUGCCAGGCCAGCUACCGGGAUGCAGUGGGCAGUGGGUCGGCGGUGGGCGUGGGCCGCGCUGUUUCUGGCUGCCGCGGCGGUGCUAACCCAAGUCCUCUGGCUCUGGCUGGGUACGCAGACCUUCGUCUUCCAGCCCGAAGAGAUCGCGCAGUUGGCGCGGCAGUACGCUGGGCUGGAUCAAGAGCUGGCCUUCUCCCGCUUGAUCGUGGAGCUGCGGCGGCUGCACCCAGGCCACGUGCUGCCCGACGAGGAGCUGCAGUGGGUGUUUGUGAACGCGGGCGGCUGGAUGGGCGCCAUGUGCCUUCUGCACGCCUCGCUGUCCGAGUACGUGCUGCUCUUCGGCACCGCCCUGGGCUCCAGCGGCCACUCGGGGCGCUAUUGGGCUGAAAUUUCUGACACCAUCAUCUCUGGCACCUUCUACCAGUGGAGAGAGGGCACCACCAAAAGUGAGGUUUUCUAUCCAGGGGAGACAGUUGUGCACAGGCCUGGCGAGGCAACGGCUGUGGAAUGGGCGCCAAACACAUGGAUGGUGGAGUACGGCCGGGGUGUCAUCCCAUCUACCCUGGCCUUCGCACUGGCCGACACUGUCUUCAGCACUCAGGACUUCUUCACCCUCUUCUAUACCCUCCGCUCCUAUGCCCGGGGCCUCCGACUUGAGCUCACCACCUACCUCUUUGGCCAGGACCCCUGACCAGCUAGGCCUGAAGAGAGACCUGUGGAUGAACAGGAGCAGGCAGGCCUGUUACACAUCCACUUGCUAAAGCCUAUGUGGACAGGGCCAUAUUCACACCAUGCAGAUUAUUGAGUUCCUGAUGUACAAGGAGGGACAUACAUGCUUAGACAUCCAGACACAAAACUCGUUGAGAACAAAUGGGACACACACAUAUAUAGUUAAAUAGAUAGAUGUCAAGACUUACGUGUACUUCAGGAUCAUGCACUCAUAUCCAUCCAGAGAAGGAGCCCCAAGUAUACUAGUGGGGCCAGUCAUGAAUAUACAUAUCACGAGCUUGACUUAAUAACUCAGGCUGUUCAGGGUUUCCUGCCAGCAUUCAAGGCUCUGGAGUUAAGGAUGGGGGUGGAUAUUACAUUCCGCCUCGGUCUGACUUGUCAGUACAGCCGUAAUCCCUGGUAGAGGAGUUGGUGAGGGAGAAGAGGAACUGCCCUUCACCUGUAGCUAUGAUACCCUUCCCCUUCAUCUCCUCUCUCCUCACCAUAUGCCUUAUCCCCAUUCUACCCCCUGCUAUGCAAAGCCCCCCCCCAUGUGGCUUACCCUGCCCCCAGCAAUGAAGUCACUGGGGAGUCAAGGGAACGUAGAGAAUGCUGAAGCCAAGGUCUUCCAUCUCUGAUAGAACCUUGUUCUUCCCUUGGGGGUAUAUAUGGGAAAGUUGGCUUCAUCCCAGGUCUGACCACCAAGGAGAGGAUCUGGAGAGGUGGGCCUGGAUCUAAGGGACCAUCCCCUAGCUUAGAGAAGGCUUUUUCUGCGUGUAUACACAUCCCCCAUUACAGUUUCCAGACGGUUUUGCCCUACUGCAUUCUCUGUUCAUCUGUCUGUCUCUGUUAAUAAAGACUUGUCAAACUGUUCCA